CCCGGCGUCUCCGAGAUGUCCCUGGGGGACUCCAGCCGCCGCAGAGAGGGAACUUCCCGGGGGCCCCACGGCAUCCUAGUUGGCGCCGGGCUCAGGCCCUCAACCCUGCCUCCCUCACGAGGCUUCCCCGGAGGCGGCGAGAGCGUGGCCGGCCCGGAGGAGGCCCCAGGCGCCAGCCCGCUGCUGGAAGACCUCAGGCGGCGGCUGGCGCGCGCCUUCCAGCGGGCGGUGCCGCGCGGCGGCUCGAGGCUCUCGCGGGAGGAGGAGGCGGCGGAGGCGGCGCGGGAGGAGCGGAGCCGGGCGCGCGUCGAGAGAGCCCUGGCCGGGCUGCGCGCUGAGCUGCUGGAAAUGCGUUUCCAAAAUUGCCAGCUGGCCAGAACUUUGCUGGAUUUAAACAUGAAAAUGCAGCAAUUGAAAAAGUAUGAACUGGAAAUUGCAUCAGAGUUGCAAAGCUCGGAAGAUAAUGUCAUGAAUAUGGAAUGAGGAAACGCACAGAAGAAGAUCUGAACCCUAAAAAUAACAUAGACAGCUCUGAAACAAUUCGACAGUAACAUUAUGGAUGCUUUGUGUAAGACUUUAGGGGCAAUUUUUAGGCCAAAAACUUUGAUGCCAUGGGGAAGUGACAGAAAACAUCUACAAGAGGGGAGAGAAGAUGGUAUGUUGUCAAGUUUUAAAGUUACGUAUUCAUUGUU